UGCGACUCUGCGAGGGAGUCGGGCUUUGGGUAAAAAAUGUUUCUACUGUCUACUUGUACAGAAGAAUAUGAACACUGCAUUUGAAAUUUGAAUAGAGCAGCGGCGGUACGCUGUCUACUCUACUCGAGAUCGAGACUCGAAAUUCGUCUUUGUCCGAAAGAGCAGACCUCUCCGUCUCCACCAUGUUGCGUCUAAGCCAUUCUCACCACCGCCUUCUCUCGGCCCGCGACACUGUCUCGCGUUUCCGUCAAUUCUCCACCGUUGAUCCCGACCAGACCCUCCUCCAAUCCUACACCGUCACACCCCCGAUCAAACCCUGGCCCCAGCGGCUCUACCCCAAGCGCCUCGUCGCUAUGGUUACCCGGCAGCAAAAUCUCGACCUUGCUCUCCAGAUCUUCUACCAUGCCUCCAAAUUCCACCCCGGUUUUUCCCAAAAUUACGACACGUAUCAUGCCAUUAUCAGACGCCUCUCCCGCGCCCGCGAAUUCGCACCCGUCGAGUCAUUGCUCUCGGAGCUGCGUCAUUCUCAAAUCAAAUGCGGUGAAAACCUUUUCAUCGACGUGAUUCGAAGUUACGGCCUCGCGGGUCGACCUGAUUCCGCGUUAAAAACCUUCCUGCGCAUCGAAACGUUUGGUGUCCAGCGGUCGGUGAGGUCGUUGAACACACUGUUAAACGCUUUGGUUCAGAACAAGAGGUACACUUUGGUGCAUGUAUUGUUCAAGAACAGUAAAGCGAGAUUUGGCGUCGUGCCCAAUGUGUUCACGUGUAACAUUUUGCUCAAAGCCAUGUGUAAGAAGAAUGAUGUGGAGGGUGCAGUCAGGGUUCUCGACGAAAUGCCUGCUAUGGGAAUGGUACCUAAUUUGGUUUCUUACACUACGAUUUUAGGUGGGUAUGUUGCGCGGGGCGAUAUGGUUAGUGCGAGGAAGGUUUUUGGUGAGGUUUUGGAUAGAGGGUGGGAACCUGAUGCGACAACAUAUACUGUUCUGAUGGAUGGGUUGUGUAAGCUAGGGAGGUUAGUUGAUGCAAUUAAGGUGAUGGAUGAGAUGGAGGAGAAUGGGGUUGAGGCAAAUGAGGUUACUUAUGGGGUCAUGAUCGAGGCUUAUUGUAAGGAGAAGAGGUCGGGUGAAGCACGCAACUUGCUUGAUGAUAUGCUUGAGAAGAAGUAUAUACCGAGCUCAGCGCUCUGUUGCAGGGUGAUUGAUGUGUUGUGUGCAGAAGGGAAGGUUGGGGAUGCGUGUGAGUUGUGGAAGAGGCUUUUGAAGAAGAAUGUUACUCCGGAUAAUGCUAUAUCGAGUACACUUAUACAUUGGCUUUGUAAGCAAGGAAAGAUAUGGGAAGCUAGGAAGUUAUUUGAUGAGUUUGAGAAGGGUUCUAUGCCAAGUGUUUUGACUUAUAAUAUGCUUAUUGGGGGGAUGUGCGAGAGGGGGGAGUUGUGUGAGGCAGCGAGGUUGUGGGAUGACAUGGUGGAAAAGGGAUGUACUCCUAAUGCCUUUACGUAUAACAUGUUGAUUAAGGGGUUUUGUAAGGUUAGAAAUGCAAAGGAGGGGAUUAGAAUUCUGGAGGAGAUGCUGGAAAAGGAAUGUCUGCCGGACAAGUUGACGUACUCUAUAUUGAUUCGGGGGCUUUAUGACUUGGGAAUGGAAGAAGAAGUCAUAAAGAUUUUUUCAAUGGCCUUGUCAAAUGGAGUAGUUGAUGAUGAUUCUUGGGGUCUUUUCUUUAUAGAGAUGGUUGAUGAUCUUGAUAGUGGGAUUUGUGAUCUUAACAGAAUAUUAAUGGAGAAUGCUUCUUAAAAAGUUUAUUGAAUAAACAGUCAAGCUCAAAGACAUGAGGAUUCUCAAAACCUUGGGUAGGGGGAUGAGCUCAGCGUAUGAAGGCAUCGGAGGCUUUUGCACCAACGUGGUGAAGAGCUCUUAUCUGGCUCUAAGACUGUCCAAUAGACUAUUGCACAGUACCUUAAAAUGGUGGAGAUGACCGAAUAAUGGAGUAGUUAUCUCCUUACAUAGGUAGGUAAGAUGUUGGGUUUGAAGUUUGAACUCCCUCUCUUAGGAGUCCUAAGCAUAUGGUUCUUUGAUAGCCUCCUGUGACAGAGUACCGAUUAUCCACCCACAACAGUCAAUCCCACGUACGCCAUUGGAUGAAUGCUUCACUGAGUUCCUUUUCGACAAUAGAGGCCGCCGCAUCAGAUGAUUGUUGUAUUGUGGUGGUGGUAAACUCUCACUUGUGAGGUGUCCAACAAGGUCUUGGCUCUCA